AAACGAUGAAUCAAGGAAGGAAGGAAGCAAGCAAAGACGCAAGAAAGGAAGGAAGGAAAAAAGCAGGGAAGGAAGUAAGUAAGGAAAGAAGGCGAGAAAGCAAGGAGGGAAGGAAGCAAGGAAGGAAUGAAGCGACAAAAGAACAACGCGAGGAAAGAAUGAAGGGAACGAGGAAGCAAGGAAGGAGGAAAGAAGGAAGUGAGGAAGGGAGGAAGCAAGGAAUGAAGGAGGGAAGUGAGGAAGGAAGGAAGCGAGGAAGGAAGGAAGGAAGGAAGGAAAGAAGGAAGCGAGGAAGCCAGGAAGAAAGCAAGCGAGGAAGCAUGGAAGGAAGGAAUAAAGCAAGGAAGGAAGGAGGAAAGGAAGUGAGGACGAAAUUUAUGAAGAAAGCGAGGAAACAAAGGAGGAAAGAAGGGGGCGAGGAAGGAAAAAAGCAUGGAAGGAAAGAUGCGAGGAAGGAAGGAAGCGAGGAAGGAAGGAAGCGAGGAAGCAAGGUAGGAAGGAAGCGAGGAAGGAAAGAUGCGAGGACGGGAGGAAGCGAGGAAGCAAGGAAGGAAGGAAGCAAGAAAAGAAGGGGCGAGGAAGGAAGGAAUGAAUGAAGCAAGGAGGGAAGGAAGGAAGUGAUGAAAGAGAGAGGCGAGGAAGCAAGGAAGGAAUGAAGCGAGGGAGGAAGGAAGCGAGGAAGCAAGAUGGGAAGCAAGCGAGGAAGGAAAGAUGCGAGGAAGGAAGGAAGCAAAGAAGGAAGGAAGCAAGAAAAGAAGAGGCGAGGAAGAAAGGAAGGUAGGAAGCGAGGAAGGAAAGAAGCAAGGAAGGAAGGAAGCGAGGAAGGAAAGAAGCGAGGAAGCAAGGAAGGAAGGAAGGAAGUCAGGAAGGAAGGAAGCGAGGAAGCAAGGAGGGAAAGAAGCAAGGAAGGGAGGAAGCAAGGAAAGGAGGAAGCAAGGAAGGAAGGAUGCGAGGAAGGAAGUAAGCGAGGAAGCAAUGAAGGAAGGAAGCAAGGAAGGAAGGAAGCGAGGAAGGAAGGAUGCAACAAGCGAAGAAGGAAGGAAGUGAGGAAGCAAGGAAGGGAGGAUGCAAGAAAUAAAGGAAGGAAGCAAGGAUGGAAGGAAGGAAGCGAGGAAGGAAGGAUGCAAGAAUGCGAGGAAGCAAGGAAGGGAGGAAGUGAGGAAGGAAGCGAGGAGGGAAGCAAGGAAGGAAGCAAGAAAUAA